AUGGACGGUUUACAUGCAAUGAGGGCUGUGAUCUUCCCGCAAUUGAAGUACCGGGACACCAACGCCGUCACCUGCACAGCACAGGAAAGCGAGUUUCAGACCCUGGUGUGGAAGCGCGUCUUCAUUUCUUCAACUCCCGUGUUUUCAGGGAUAUCUGCAGGCGUCACUUGCAGCGUAACAAUGCUCAACAAGCUGCCGCCAGGCUCGCUUGGACGGCCAGGGGGUUUCUGA